AUGGAGCAGCGAGACACGAGUUCGUGGAGCUCGAUCAUCGCGGCCUAUGCCCAGCUCGGUCACUGCGAGGAAUCACUUGCGCUGUUCUGGCAGAUCGACACAACACCCGGCCGCGCGACGUUCCUCGCAGCUCUCGAUGCGUGCUCGGGCCUCUCGAGCCUCUCCCACUGCCGCCAAGUUCACGCAGCGGCGGAUCACACUGGCUGGAUCUCCGAUCUCGCCGUGGCGACUUCACUGGUGGCGAGCUAUGGAAAAUGCAAGGGAGUGGAGGAAUCCAAGGCAGUGUUUGAUCGCAUCGAGCACCCAUCCACUGUCUCGUGGAACUCUUUGCUAAGAUCAUAUGCCCAAAACGGGCAUCUCGCCAAGGCCGCGAGUUUCCUCGAGGAAACCAUUCCUUCUCCAGACGUGGUCUCGUUUAACACGCUCGCGGCGGCUUAUAUCCAGCACGGGAGAGUGAACGAGGCUCUGGAGAUUCUCACGAAAAGGAUGCCCUGCUGGGACAGCUUCUCGCACAACACAGCUAUGGUGGCGCAUGCCCAAGCCGGGCAUAUCCACAAAGUGAAGGAAGUCUUUGAGAAAAUGGAGGAGCCAAGCACGGUCUCGUGGAACACCUUGAUUUGUAUCUUCGUCCAAGCCGGGGAAUGCGAGAGUGCUGCUCGGCUCUUUCACCAAAUGGAUCUGGAAGGCACCCAAGCGGACAAGGUGAGUUUCUUGGCUGUUCUUGACGCCCUUGGGAGGAUCACCGCUCUCCAAAAGGGAAAGCUUGUGCAUGGUGAGCUCCAUCACUCUAGGUUUCAAUCCGACGUGAUGACAAACAAUGCCGUCGUCAACUUUUAUGGGAGGUGUGGAUGCCUUCGAGGGGCAAAGGUGGCGUUUGAGGCAACGACAAGGCAGGACGUGGUUUCAUGGAAUGGAAUCAUCUCGGUGUAUGCGAACAAUGGUCAUUUUGAGGAGACUUUUGAUCUCUUCUGGAGGAUGAAGGAUUUCUUGUUCAAGCUCCCUAAGAAUACUUUAACUCUGGUCAUGCAAUCUUGGGUCGUGGGCCGAAUGGGAUCGCGGCAACAUUGA